ACGAACAAAGAUCAAUACUUUUCAAAGUGCAGACAAGAUGGGUUGGAUCAACAGUGAAAUAUCUGUCGAUUUCAGGAAUUUUGUUCCAACCAACGAGUUUAAGCUUCGAAGAUGGAGGAGACAUUCCUCUCCUUACAAAAGCUCUCUCUCUGCCUUUUGGAAAUGGGACAGAAUCAUGAACAUGAGAGAGAAUCACUCAAUCUGGACCCUUCUUCUCCUUCUGCUAAUCCCGCAGAUCUUUCAUUAUUCAGCAGUAGCAUUAGAAAAUACGGAUCAAGAUCUCGUCAUCUCGAGCUCUUGCCAAAGCCGCUGUGGGGAUAUCGCCAUUCCAUAUCCCUUUGGGAUCGGAAAAGGAUGUUACCUCAACAAGUGGUACGAAAUUACGUGCAGCAAAAGCACCUCCGGGGGGCUUGUCCUGUUCCUUCCCCGUAUCAACCAGCAAGUUUUCAAUAUUACUCUCCCUUUUAAUUUACGUGGGACACUUACCAUCGGGAGUCCGAUAUCAUCAUCGGGGUGUUCCAGCAAAGAAGAUUCGGGAUCUCUUUUGAACGUGACAGGCAGUCCUUUCUCUGUGUCCAAGGUUAAUAUCCUCGUAGCAAGCGGAUGCAACAACAAAGCGUUUAUGACGAACGUGGAGCCAAGCAUCAUUGGAUGCGAGUCUACGUGUGAUCAUGGGAGGCAGAGACGCCGUCGGGGCAAGGAUUUAUGCGACGGUUACGGAUGUUGCCAGGCGGCAACACCAUCAGAUCGGUCUCUACAAGUGAUUGGUGUUAGAACAGAGAACAUGGACGGAACUAACUCUACAGGAGGAGGGUGCAGAGUUGCCUUCUUGACAUGCGAGGGAUACUACGCAUCAGCUGUAAGAGAACCGCGUGCGUUUCUUGCUAAUGGAUCUUCUUCGUUACUGCUUGAGUGGUUCAUUUCGACCGUGGAUCUUCCUCUUGAUGUCUCCUUGAUUUGUCUGAAUUCAACAAUCGACAACGGCUUCGGCCAACCCCGAGGAAACUGCGAAUGCAAUUAUGAAUAUAUUUCCGGCGUCAGCUACCCAAGCUGUGUGUGCAUGUACGGUUACAGGGGGAACCCAUACCUUCCCGGAGGAUGCAGAGAUAUUGAUGAAUGCUCCGAAAAGCCCUAUUAUUGUGGGGAACACACUACUUGUGUGAAUACUCGCGGAGAUUACAAAUGUGUGCCGAAAAAGACUUUGCCAACUAUCAUAGGUGUUAGUUCGGGUUUCGGGUUGUUGUUCUUGGUGGCUGGAAUGUAUUGGCUGUAUAAAUUCAUCAAGAAGAGGAAGGAGAUACACCGCAAGAAGAAGUUCUUCAAGCGCAAUGGAGGGUUGUUGUUGCAGCAACAAUUGAAUUCGACUGAAGGAAAUGUCGAGAAGACGAAAAUAUUCACCUCUAAAGAGUUGGAGAAAGCAACCGAAAACUUCAGCACAGACAGAGUGCUGGGACAGGGCGGCCAAGGCACUGUCUACAAGGGAAUGCUUCUCGACGGCAGAAUCGUUGCCGUCAAGAAAUCCAAAGCCGUGGACGAAGACAAACUCGAAGAGUUCAUCAACGAGGUCGUCAUUCUCUCCCAGAUUAACCAUCGGAACAUCGUCAAACUCCUGGGAUGUUGCCUCGAGACAGAUGUGCCUCUCUUGGUUUACGAGUUUAUUACCAACGGAAACCUUUUCGAGCAUCUUCACGAUGGAUCCGACAAUUACACGAUGACCUGGGAGGAGCGAUUACGUAUCGCCGUUGAGAUCGCUGGAGCUGUUUCCUACUUGCACUCCGCUGCGUCUUGUCCAGUUUAUCACAGAGACAUCAAGUCAUCGAACAUAUUGUUGGAUGAGAAAUAUCGAGCCAAGGUGUCUGAUUUUGGCACUUCGAGAUCCGUAACCAUAGAUCAUACCCAUCUGACAACUGUGGUUUCAGGCACCGUCGGAUACGUGGAUCCCGAGUACUUCCAGUCAAGCCAAUUUACCGACAAGAGCGAUGUUUACAGCUUCGGAGUCGUGCUUGUGGAGCUUAUAACCGGUGAAAAGCCAGUUUCCCUACUGCGAUUUCAAGAAAACCGGAUCUUGGCAACGCAAUUCAUCGCCAUAAUGAAACAGAACAACCUCUCUGACAUGAUCGAUGCUCGAAUAAAAGAUGACUGCAAGGUGGAACAAGUGAUGGCGGUGGCAAACCUGGCAAAGAGGUGUCUGAACCUGAAGGGGAAUAAGCGGCCAAACAUGAGGGAAGUUUCGGUGGAACUGGAGAGGAUUCGUUCCUCAAAUGGGGAUCCAAUUCAAGUCCAUACGGAAAACGAAGAAGAAGAGGAAGCUGUGGAAGUUGACAUAGCAGAAUCCUGGGGCAUUGCUGUUAGUGCUCCGGUUUCGGACAUAUUCCAUACAUCUUCCUCUUCGUUGGACGUCGACCCGUUGUUUCCUCGUCAAACAUGGUGACCCCACUUGGUCAACGGUACUACUACACAUCAUUCCACGUAAGUUUCCCGUUUAUCUGUACUCUGUGAUAGAAAAAGGACUCUUUUUGCUUGUGUUUGUGCAAUAAGAUGUACCGUAAAAAGUAUGCUUCUUACUUCUGUUGUGAACAACACUGCUCGUUGUCAUCGGUCCACGUCUUCUUAUUACCAUAUAUGUAUGAAUAAAAACAUCCAAUUGGCAACUAAGCUUUCUGAAGCACUGAAAUUACU